CACGCAGUGUUUUUUCUUGUUGUUGGGGCGUCUCGCUCCUCUUUCUUCCACCAAAAAAAAAAAAUUCACGCGGGGUAUAAUGAAUGCACUCCUACUAUAAUUCUUGAUUUGAAUCGGCCCCGGAGAAAAGAAAUCCGACAAAAAGCAAAUGGCGGAUCAGCAAAGUGUAGAAACUCCAUCAACGGCGCCGCCACAACAACCACCGCAGCAAGUGGGGAGGGAGGAAAUGCUACAGUGUGUCACCGCGUUGGAGGCUGCUCUUCUUCCUUGCUUGCCUGCUCGCGAGCUCCAAGCUAUUGAUCGUUCCCCUCAUCCUUCUCAUCAGAUCGAUGUGGAAAGACAUGCAAGAGACUUUAUGGAGGCUGCGAAAAAGCUUCAGCUGUAUUUCAUCAGUCUGCAACGUGAGGAUCAACCUACCAAGGCUGAAAUGCUUCAGAAGGAACUUGCUGUCAUGGAAGAAGAGUUGAAGGUCAAAACAGAGCUUAUUGAGAAGCAAGAACAGCUAAUUCAAGGAUGGAAGAAAGAGUUGAGAGAGCAACUUGACAAGCACAAGUCAGAGCUGGAGAAGGUGUAAAUUUACCGUAGAAGCUUUUUGGUCCUGAAGUAACUUGAUUAGUUAUUAACCAAGCUUACUAAGAGUUAGUCUUCCGUGGACCUAGUCCACGAUAAUAUUAAUGUGGACCAAAUUACUUAUUUAACGUAGUGACCCUUUUCUUCCAUAUAGUAACCUUUUCAAAUUUUAUGUUUUUUUAGGAAAACAUGGCCAGAAAUUAUAUUAAGUCUAAUUCCGCCAAAGUUUGAAUAAUUUGGGGAACAUAUUCGUAGAAAUAAUUUCAUAAUCAAGAACAGCUUUCCAUCUGGCAA